UAUCAGUAACCAGCGCUUUUUCAAAAGUUGGUCUUCCUGUGGUUUUGGAUUUGUCGCUUCCUGUCAUAUCAAGAAGGAAAUUAUUUUUUUCUGUGAAAAAGAUGUCUCCCACUUCAGGCGAUAAUGCUGAAUAUUUCUUUAAAAUAAUAAUAGUUGGUGAUUACAGGACGGGCAAGACAUCAUUACUCUGUAAAUACACAAAUCAAGAAUACGAACCCUCGAGUGACUCAACCAUGAAUGUGGAUUUUAGCGUCAAAACGCUAGAACGAAACAACAAGAAAAUCAAACUCCAGAUAUGGGAUACUGCCGGACAGGAAAGAUUUCGAACAGCUACUGCAAGCUAUUACCGAGGAGCUAGAGGAGUGUUAUUAGUGUAUGAUAUAACGAAAAGAGAGUCUUUUCAUAACAUUAUAUUCUGGUAUAGUGAAAUGGUUAGACAUUGUGUAACAGACUCUGUCAAAGCAAUAGUUAUUGGCAACAAGUGUCAUCUGAACUGUGAUAGAGAGGUCAGCAGUGUCGAAGGGAAGCAACUUGCUGAAAAUAUUGGUCUUCCAUUUUAUGAGACAAGUUCAGUUAAAAAUAUAAAUGUUACGGAGUGUUUUGAUGAACUGGUAGAUUCUAUACUUCUGGGUUUAGAAAGACAAGAGAUUAACAGGAACUUAGAUUCAAUUACUCUUCCAGAUAAUAAACAUUGGCAAAACAGACAUGAGGUGGAAGGAUGCUCUUGUUGAAGGAUACUGGUAAACCAUGCCUGGCAUGUUCUGUAAUACGAGUCAUUAUUGGGUGUAUGUGACAUCAUAGAGCCCAUGCAGUAAAACCAUGAAAUAAAAACAAAGUUGCUACUGACAAAUAGUAGCUAUUUAGUAACUCAUAGUUGCUAUCACUCAGCCAGCACAUUCAUCAUACAAAGACAAAUACACAAGAGACCAUUUGUGUCUUUUGCUUAAUAAAUAUCUGGUUGAGUGCUAACAACUAUUACUAAUAGUCACUAAAUAGCUACUAUUUGUCAGUAUCAACUUUGUUUUUAUUUCAUUUUACUGCAUGCGCUCUAUAUAUCCAUGAAAAACUUUGUAAGAAAUUGCACAAAUUAAUAAGUUCAGUAGACCUCAGUAGGCCAUAGACAUACAAAACUUUGCACUAAUUUGUACAAUUUUGUUAGUUACAUUUUCCAUGAAUAUAUUGUAUGCACUCUAGCCACGCCACCACAGUGGCUAGAGUGAAGACAUUAAACCUGUGAAACAAAAUUUAAUAGUUAAGAUGUAAUAGUCAAAUAGACAAAAGAAAACAAAUAUGAAUACUAACGUGUAUUAGUCUAACAUCCAUUUCACGGGUUAAAUGACUUCACUCUAACUCUAACCAGUUUGUAUCUCUUGGGCCUAGAGUGAAGUCACUAAUCCCGUGAAAUAGAUAUUAGACUAAAAAAAACCUCUAUUAUACGUUGACUAGUAUUUUUUAUUUCACUGGUUAAAUGCCUGCACUCUAACGGGGUUCCUAUUGAGAAAAGACCUGUCAUCUGACCCUGUCAUCUCUUUUCAAUAAUGCAUGAUAAGAAAGAUUUUAGAUAAAGUUUAUUUAAUAAUUCUGCAAAACAAACACUACCUUUCUUGUAAUGCAUUAGUUUUAAGUUAUUAAAAUUUUCUAACCUAAGGAAUUUUAGAACCCACAUGAAAUGAAGGUAAUGAAUGGCCAUUUAUGAAACUCAGUGAAUUAAACAGUCUUGCAUUUUUUAAUAAACUGCCUCAAUAGACAGGCCUUUUAGAGUCUUAACAGACCUCUUUAACUGGGGUGAAAUGUUUCCCCAUUUCAUGUUAUUCUCUAGAGCAUCAAUUCUUUGUUUUCCCUGCUAGCAGAGCCUAUUUUGCUUUUGUUUUGGUUGAGAGACAAAAAUAGACUCUGCUGAUGUAGGACAUUAUUUCUGUUGUGCAUGUGUGACGUAACUUAGCAAUGCUGGACUCAUGAUUUUGACAGCUGCUCUCGUCAAACAAUGUUUGGCGCUACGGUGUUACAUUUGCUCAUGCACACUACAUGUAAUCGGUURAAAACCGGUUUUAAAACUGGUUUUGUUUAUCCACAAUCGUGGAUGGCGGUGUAUCAAAGGAAACCUCUACAUUGGCAGAGUCUCCUUCCUCCCCACCUGAAAGAAAGGAAAGAAAGAGAAGAGAGACUCUGCUAGCAGGGAAUUCGUUGUUAAAUGGCUGCACAUGGAAUCAUACAACACAAAUAAUUGUGCAUAUUCUCGAUGGAAUGACAUGUGGUCUGAAAUGGGAAAACAUUACAUCCAAAGUGAAAAGAUCUAUUUUUUAUAGCACAAAGAACAUAAGAAUCUCCUCGAAUUAAGGUCUUGGACUUGCAAUAAAUAUGCAAAUCUACCAAAGCAAAAUUAAGAGCUUUCAAGAGAGACCCCCUGCUACUAACUUUAAAAUAAUUAUUCGCCCCCAGAACAUUUUACAUACAUUUAAUAAUUCAUUUGAUAACAAUAAAAAGUAAUCUCUUCA